AAAGUGAGUCUGAGGAUAGUUCAGAUGAUGAACCUUUAAUUAAAAAGCUGAAGAAACCACCCACAGAUGAAGAACUUAAGGAAACUGUCAAGAACUUGUUGGCAAAUGCAAACUUGGAGGAGGUCACAAUGAAACAAAUUUGCAAGGAGGUGUAUGAAAACUAUCCUAGUUAUGACUUAUCUGACAGGAAAGACUUCAUUAAAAAAACAGUAAAAGAGUUGAUUUCAUGAUCUGAUUUGACUGUGGGAAAUGAAGAUUCCUGGUUUUAUGUUCCCAUGGAUUUGAAGAUCUGAUAGGCACCAGCAAAAGGAAUGUGUCUUACCCUUGUGGUAUUUAGUCAGAGCUGAUUCUGCUGAUCUAAUGUUAAAUGUGUUGAUGUAAAUUGCUUUGUGUAUCUUUUUUUU